AUGGCGCACAGAGCAGAGCAGAUACGGACGGUCUUCAUCACUUCAUUAAGCACAUUUUGUGGAUUCUUCCUGUCGUGUCUGGUUUCUUUCGCUGCUUUUAGACCAGUCCUCUCUGACUCCGUGUUCAGCGCCGGUCUCUCAGCCACAGCUCCCGCCGCUGCCGCCAGAGAUCUCCGGUACCUCCUGUAUGACGUGAACCCCCCAGAGGGUUUCAAUCUGCGCAGAGAUGUCUACAUCCGCAUGGCCUCCCUGGUGAAGACUCUGAGGAAGGAGGGCGAUGACUGGGUGUUGGUGCUUCCUCCGUGGGGUCGUCUGUACCACUGGCAGAGCCCCAACAUCCACCAGGUCCGCAUCCCGUGGGGAGAGUUCUUCAGCCUCACCAGCCUGCAGGCCAACGUCCCCGUCGUUGAGUAUGAGGAGUUUAUCGCUGAGAAUGGGGGCCCGUUCAUAGACCAGGUUCUGGUCCUUCAGAACUACGCUGAGGGAUGGACUGAUGGGAAAUGGGAGGAAAAGGUUGAUGAGCGGCCUUGCAUUGAGAAGCUGAUGUACUCCAGAGAUAAACAGGGUUACUACAGGGGCUGGUUUUGGGGCUUUGAGGAGACGAGAGCUCGAAAUGUAACAUGCAUAUCAGCCCAAGGCCACGCCUCCAUCAUGGCGCCUGUUCUCCAGAAAAACAUCACAGUGACAUCAGUUAUGCUUGACCGCGCUGAGACACUCCUCCAUGACCACUAUGCUGGGAAAGACUACUGGGAUACCCGCCGCAGCAUGGUUUUUGCCAAACACCUGCGUCUGAUAGGAGAUGACUUCAGAGCGAAGCACCUGAACUCUUCAGACGACAGAGACCACACGGUUUACAGCGAGGACUGGACUCGUAUGAAAGCCAAGCUGGGUUCAGCUAAAGGGGGUCCAUACCUGGGGGUCCACUUACGCAGGAAGGACUUCAUCUGGGGGCACAGAGAGGACGUACCCAGCCUGAAGGGGGCGGUCAAGAAAAUGCGAAGCUUGAUGAAGAAGCACAAACUGGAUGCUGUGUUUGUUGCAACGGAUGCAGACGGUGACGAACUAAAGGAGUUGAAGAAGUUGUUGCCUGAAAUGGUUCGGUUUGAGCCUUCAGCAGAAGAUCUGGAGCUCCUGAAGGAUGGAGGAGUGGCCAUUAUUGACCAGUGGAUAUGUGCACAUGCGAGAUAUUUCAUAGGAACCUCAGUUUCCACCUUCUCUUUCCGGAUCCAUGAAGAGAGGGAGAUCCUUGGUUUUGAGCCUAAAACUACAUACAACCGUUUCUGUGGGGACACUGAGAGAGAAUGUGAACAGCCCACACACUGGAAAAUCGUCUAUUGAUGUGACCUCUGACUUACCGACACACACAAGUGCCAAUAGCAGUGUUCAAAGGGACCUUUAUCUGAAAUAUACCAGAUAUCUUUACUAUUUAUGCUGUAUUUUUUACUUUGAAGAUGUGCAAUCCCGUCUGUUUGACCCCUGUGACUGAAAACGACGAUAAAAGAGUCGAGUCUGCUGCCAAACAUGUUUUACUGUGAUGUUUCAGUAAAUCUGCAGAUAUUUGAUUGGUUUGUGUUUAUCCCUCAUGUCUGCCUGUUACACAUGUCCUAUGAUGGAAACAUAUUGUGUUGUGUUAUAGUUCUCGAGACUCUAAACUUUAUUUAUGUUUCAUGUAAAAGCAUGAAAUAAUGUUCAGAAAGCACAAGAUGAAGACGGUGGAAUUUUAACUAAAGAGGAGAUAUUUUAAAACUGCAUCUUUAUUUUGAUUAUUUUACCAAAGCAGAAGGUUUGGUCAUUUAGUCUCACAAACAUUUUCAGUUAUUUUUCAAACCAAAUCUUUUGCAGAGAAAUGCUCUUAAACUUGCAGUGAUUUGCUUACAUUUUGCUUGCAGUUUCCUUUUUUUUUUUUUAAACUGUUUUAUUGACAAUCCAGGUCAAACAUUGGUAACAUACAAUAGCUUUCAGUCUUUUUUACUGCCUUUUUGUCCGGCAUUGCUUUGUUUUGUGUUUUUUUGUGCCAACAACUUUGACCAGAAGGGUAGUACAUCGUCUUCCAACCUCGUGUCUGGGACAUCCUGUCAAAAUUAGAUUUGCAAAUUUGAACCAAACUAAUGAUAAAACACUUAUUAAAUACAGUGGUCUCUUUUUAACACUCUGGGAACCUUGUGUGCAUAUUUCUCAUUUUUCAAUAAUUUUGGCUGAGUUCAUGCAUACGGCAGGGAUUUUGGUAAGAUUGUGUAUUUUUAGUUGAUCUUGUUAUUUCCAGCUUAGCUCCUACAGUAAGUCUAAAAUACACUGUUGACAAGCAAGAGUUACACUCUGGACCUUUAGCUCAUAAUAUGUGCAGAAUGAGAUCAAUGGUGCAUUUUAUGCACUAAAGGUCCUAAAAGGGAGUAUUUGUCACUGCACAAAAAAAUAAUAAUGCUUGACAUCAGUGUUGCUGCUAAUCACUGACAUAUCCCAGCCUGUAAUAAUCCAAAAUAAAAAAAACUACCUUGCAUGUAGUAUAUUGAAAUUAAUUCAUAUUUUCUAUUUUCUCAUUUGAAAACAUGGUGCCUGACGUUUAAAGGGUUAAAAUCUUCAAAAAUUCAAUAAUAUUUGACAUCAAUAUUUAGGACAGAUGUAGCUGAAAAACUGAGCUCCAUUCAAGUAGAAUAAUAAAUAAAUGUAUAAUACUUUUUCAUGGUGACAAUAUGAGGAGUGCAUAUUCUGGUGCCAGAGGGUUAAGAAAGCAUGUAUGCCUGUUCCCUGUGGGUUUUAUCUGUUAAAUAUCAAAUUGAUGUUAGUUUUAGACCAUAAUGCAUCACUUUUGUUCCUGUUUUUCUGUUAGGUUCUCAGAUUGUCUUGGAUGAAAGUACGGGGGAACCUCUGGGUUACCAAAUGAGUCUCGCUCUAAAACCCAGACAAAGGGGUCAUUUCAGAAAAACAGAGCUCUAAAGACCUGCUAGUGGCCAGACAUCAAGAAAACCUUUAAAGGGAGCUCCUCAUAUAAUGACAUGCUGAUUUUACCGCAGUAACAUUCAAACCUUUUACACGUAUUUUUACAAAGAAACACACAAGAUUUCUACAUUUUAGAGAGAAUUUUUAAAAAGUGUCUCAUGUAUGUUGUGAUUUUCUUGCAAUGCAUUCUGGGUACUGAUGUCCUCUGACUGCAAUGGUCUUGUUUUCACGACUUUAAGAUCGUAUUCAUUCAAUUCAAUAGAAAAAAAAAAACAACUCAAGGCAUUACAAAAAACAAAGAGCAGAAGUCUAACACUAUAUCAAGACUGCAAAUAUAAAAAACUAUAAAGAAUAGAUAUUUUUAAACACGUGCAGUACAUCUCUGUCUAAAUACAAUAAUGAACACUAUAAACAGAUGACUUUCAGUGUAAGUCUCAGAUAUCAACAGUUAAAUAUAUGAAACAAGCUGUACAGUUAUGGACAUAAAAUGAAAGCUGAGAAAGGUUGUAGUGCAAAGAGACGAAGAUUUCAACCCGUUAAUAAAUGCAUUUAUUAUGUAUUUAUUAUUUAGGGUCGUCACAGUGACUGUGACUGUUGUAUCUACCCUGAUCUACAUUAGAGUCAUUUCUUCCUUCAUGCCCCCAGGUUUAAAGGAUGACACUCUACAGCACGGGUUUUCAAAGUGUGAGAAAAAUGAGCUUUGCUCUCUGCUGUGCAUGGAGCAAACUGGGCAGAUUUAUAGUUAAUGUAGAGGCUAUACAAGAGUCGACUGUUAAAGUUAGGAUUUUCCUGCAUUGGUUCUGAUGGAGUUCAACAGCCACAGUGUUUGAUAAGCAAAGAUGCACAUCCUAAUGACAGCAUAAGGCCGUUUUAAUUCUGGGAUCGUAUCGAGACAAAGCGCUCAGUCUAGUGACCAAACCAGGUUUGGUUUUUUUUUUACUACAAUAAGUAAAAUGAAUUUCAGUUACUGAAGGUAUCUUAGACGUAAAUGUGUAAAAACAGCUGUUUAAGUCAUAUUGGGGGUGGGGGUCCAUGGAUUAUAUAUUUUCUAGCAGGGGAGGCUGACAUCCCCACACUUUGAAAACCCUUGUUCUACUGUAAGGGUAACGAUGCCGUAUGACUACAUCCUUCUUCCUGUGUGAUGCAGUUUUAGCAAACAGGCUUCUAUACUGCAGAUUAACGUGAUCAUAAUCAAAGAUAUGGAACGAACCAUGCAAACAUGUGACAUUUGCACCAGAAUGCAUCGCACACAAAUGUUAGACUGCAGAUGAAUCUAUUUUUAAAUUUACUUAAAAAGUAGUGUGUUUCUUUGUACAGUUUACAUAUAGGAGACACUAGAGUAAAGCUGAUGAAGUCCUCAUAUUUAACAUGCAGGUUUACGAUUAAAGCAGAACCAAACACAUCCAAGUUCAUGAUCAGUUAAAAAGAGACAUUUCAGUUCAGGUGAGAAAUAAUCCUCCAUGCCGCUCUGUUGUUUUGUAUGCAGUGCCAGUAUUAAGAUUUAUAUUUGAGUAUUAUUAUGUCGUAUUGAACUCUUACUUCCUUGUCUUUUAUUUUAAUGCAGUAGACAUCAGCAUAUAUUAUCCCUUUAUGGUUGUGGUAGUGAUAAAACCAUUUGAAUGGUAUGAAAUGCCACUGAGGAGCUACUGCCAGCCACAGAUGAAGCUGG